CCUUUGACUGAAAGGAGGGGAAGUGCACGGAGAGAGUGGCGGCCGGGGGACUGUACCUGCUUGCCUUAUUGGGCAAAUGCAGCCUUCCAUGGUUGAGUCUAACAUCGUGGUGUGAACCGGCCGCCCGAAUGCGAGUACGUAGCGCUUUGUAUCUUUAAGGAACUCCCUUUAUUAAAUUUAAAAAAAUGAAUCUUAAGUAUAAAGGACUCUUUAAAUGCCCAGCUGUAUGCUCAGAGCUUUGGGACUGAAUUUGGAAGUUUCCUGUCAAGCAGCCUCCCACAACUUUACUGCUGAGACUGUGCACGUGUGUUUAAGGGGAGAAAUCCGGGCAUCUCGAUGCAGACUUGUACCCAGAUACCUGGUGUCGCGUGCGCUCAGCCGAGACCUGGGCUCGUGCGCUCAGUCCGGAGCCCUGAUCUGCGAACAGGUGGGUGCUUGCCACAGUCUGUUUGCUGGGGUCCGGAGAAUGGCCCGCCUUUUCUACAGAUGGGAGAGGGCUGUCACUGGAAAUUCUGUGGGUUGCUUGACGUCUUAGGACAGCCGAUCCAUUUUGCUGAAGGAUACUGGUAUUUGUUGGCGUUCUCCCCACAGUGUGGUGAUCUCUGGUCGAGAAUAAAAUGUAAAUCUAUUUUGUCAUUUUUCGUUAGUCUUUUGUUUCCGCAGCCUGUAGUCCGUGAAGGAAUUUUCAACAGAUCUUUUGGUUCUUGUUUUUCUCUAACUUUUUCUAUUUCCUUUUUUCUUUAGGGAUAUUAAAACUUUUAGUACAAUUGAUUGGACUACUUGAAACAUCGGGAUUUGGGGAGGAACUCCAGAUUUUUCCUUUUUAAACUCUAAAUGUAUGAGAAAUUAACAGAAUGGAGAAUGAAAAGGAAAAUCUCUUUUGUGAGCCACAUAAAAGGGGACUAAUGAAAACACCUCUGAAAGAAUCCACCACAGCAAAUAUCAUGUUGGCAGAGAUCCAGCCUGACUUUGGCCCUUUAACCACACCCACCAAGCCCAAGGAAGGCUCCCAGGGAGAGCCAUGGACACCGACAGCCAACCUGAAAAUGCUCAUUAGUGCUGUGAGCCCUGAGAUCCGCAACAGAGAUCAGAAAAGGGGGUUGUUUGACAACAGAAGUGGAUUACCUGAACCCAAAGACUGUUUACACGAACACUUAUCUGGAGAUGAGUACGAGAAAUCCCAACCAAGUCGAAAAGAGAAAAGUUUAGGAUUAUUGUGCCAUAAGUUCUUAGCACGAUAUCCUAAUUACCCCAACCCUGCUGUGAAUAAUGACAUCUGCCUUGAUGAAGUGGCAGAGGAACUUAAUGUUGAACGUCGACGCAUUUACGAUAUUGUGAACGUCCUAGAGAGUUUACAUAUGGUGAGCCGCCUCGCCAAAAACAGGUACACUUGGCACGGGCGACACAAUCUCAACAAAACCCUCGGCACCUUGAAGAGCGUCGGGGAGGAGAAUAAGUACGCUGAGCAGAUUAUGAUGAUCAAAAAGAAGGAAUAUGAGCAAGAGUUUGAUUUUAUUAAGAGUUACAGUAUAGAGGAUCAUAUCAUCAAAUCAAACACUGGCCCAAAUGGACACCCAGACAUGUGUUUUGUGGAACUCCCUGGAGUGGAAUUUCGGGCAGCUUCUGUAAACAGCCGCAAAGACAAGUCCUUAAGGGUAAUGAGCCAGAAAUUUGUGAUGCUGUUUUUGGUGUCAACGCCUCAGAUAGUAAGCCUAGAAGUUGCUGCCAAGAUUUUAAUUGGGGAGGACCAUGUGGAAGAUUUGGAUAAAAGCAAGUUUAAAACAAAAAUUAGGAGGUUGUAUGAUAUAGCCAAUGUUCUGAGUAGCUUGGAUCUUAUCAAGAAAGUUCAUGUUACAGAGGAAAGAGGCCGAAAACCAGCUUUUAAAUGGACGGGCCCAGAAAUAAGCCCAAAUACCAGUGGCUCCAGCCCUGUGAUUCCUUUCAUUCCCUCUGAUUUGGAGGUGAGUCGGUCUUCAAAAGAGAACUGUGCCAAAAAUCUGUUUUCCACACGUGGGAAACCAAACUUUACUCGACACCCAUCUCUUAUCAAAUUGGUAAAGAGCAUAGAAAGUGAUCGGAGAAAGAUAAAUUCUGCUCCCAGUAGCCCUAUCAAGACCAGCAAAGCUGAGAGUUUUCAGAAUUCUGCACCCUUCCCAAGUAAAAUGGCUCAGCUCGCCGCUAUUUGUAAAAUGCAGUUAGAAGAGCAAUCAAGUGAAUCCAGACAGAAAGUGAAAGUACAGCUGGCAAGAUCUGGGUCAUACAAACCAGUGGCCCCUCUGGACACCCCGGUGAAUGCUGAGAUGGAGCUGACAGCACCAUCCCUCAUGCAGCCCCUGGGAGUGGUUCCCCUGAUCCCCAGCCCAUUGUCAUCAGCAGUGCCCCUGAUCCUACCUCAGGCCUCUUCAGGCCCAUCCUAUGCUAUCUACCUGCAGCCCACUCAAGCCCACCAAAGUGUGAUGCCACCCCAAGGCCUGAGCCCACCGGUCCACUCCACCCACUCUUCUAAGGCUACUGGAUCAAAAGACUCCACAGAUACCACCACUGAGAAGGCAGCCAAUGAUACCUCAAAGGCCAGUGCCUCUACCAGGCCUGGAAGCUUGCUGCCAGCACCAGAGAGGGAGGGGGCCAAGAGCCGAAACAGGGAGCUGGCUGGAGAAAGAGUCUCAAAGAGGGCAAGCAUGCUUGAGGACAGUGGUUCCAAAAAGAAAUUUAAAGAGGACCUAAGAGGACUUGAAAAUGUCUCCGCAACCUUGUUCCCAUCAGGAUACCUAAUCCCUCUCACCCAGUGCUCAUCCCUGGGGGCAGAGUCCAUUUUGUCUAGUAAAGAAAACUCAGGUGCUCUUUCCCCAAACCACAGGAUUUACAGCUCCCCAAUUGCAGGUGUUAUUCCAGUGACAUCAUCUGAACUCACUGCUGUUAAUUUUCCCUCUUUUCAUGUAACACCUUUGAAGCUAAUGGUCUCACCAACUUCCGUGGCAGCCGUACCUGUCGGGAACAGCCCGGCUCUCGCUUCAAGCCACCCCAUUCCCAUCCAGAACCCAAGCUCAGCCAUUGUAAACUUCACCCUGCAGCACUUGGGACUCAUCUCACCCAGUGUGCAGAUGUCUGCCAGCCCUGGGCCUGGACUCGUUCCUGUGUCUCCAAGAAUAGAGGCUGUUAAUGUCGUACCAGAAAAUGCAGGCACUCAGCAAGGAAGGGCCACCAACUAUGACUCACCAGUCCCAGGCCGGAGCCAGCCAAAUGGACAAUCCAUUGCUGUGACAGGAGCACAACAGCCUAUUCCUGUGACACCCAAAGGGUCACAAUUAGUGGCCGAAAGUUUCUUCCGCACCCCAGGUGGACCUACCAAGCCAACCAGCUCAUCCUGCAUGGAUUUUAAUGGUGCUAAUAAGACCUCCUUAGGAACUCUCUUUGUCCCACAGCGAAAACUGGAAGUCUCAACAGAGGAUGUCCAUUAAUCAACAGAUGUUGGCUUAGUUUAAUUUUCUAAAGAGUUGUUUAAUAGAGAAAAUAUACACAGACUGAUUUGGAAAGCACAUUCUCUGAAAAUACUGUAAAUACAUUGGGGAUUUGCUCAAUGUGAAAGCAGAUACUUGUUUUUGUACAUAUAUAUACACAUACACUUAUAUUUGUAUAAAGCUCAAUUUAGCUUUCAAUCCUACAAAAUAAAAGUAAAAUGUUGAAUUCUAAGGUAUAUUAACUUCUAGGGGGAAAAAUCCAUUAUUUUAGCUGUGCCUAUACUAUUACGGAAAGUAACUGUAUUAAAGUUUACUUCCCUCCGAGUAAAUAUGUUUGACAUGCCUAACACAGCAUUCCCUUAAACAUUUUGCACAAAGAAAAUGCUGUGUGAUGUAUAAUAUUGUAUUUUUAAAUAGGGGUAUAGCUAUAUUUUUUGUAAUUUCUUUAAUCUGCUGUUGCAGUGUAUCUUUUUGUAAAGUUUGCAACAAUCCUCAAUCAAGUCUAUGGAAAAUUAUUUAUAAAAUGUAUUUUUAAUCAUAAGUUGUUCAAAUUAAAACUUUUCUAAAAUGUA